AUGUAUACUUUACCACCAAGUAGGCAGAUUAAAUGGCACAGUAUUAGGAGUUUGCCCCCAAUGUCAAUGGAACAAGUUCUUCACAUGAAUGGAGAAGGGGAAGAAACAAGCUAUGCAAAAAACUCCACAUUUCAAAGAAAAGUGAUAUUGGGAACAGAGCUUAUUCUAGAAGAAAGUAUUAAGAGAUUGUUGCAUCAAACCACUUAUAAAAGUAAUUUGAAAGUGGUCGAAUUAGGUUGCUCUUCAGGACCAAAUGCACUUCUUGUUGUGUACAAAAUAUUGGGUAUCAUUAAUGAGACUGUAAUGAGUUUAAAUCGUGAGGCGCCUAUACUUCAAGUUUAUCUUAAUGAUCUUUUUGGAAACGAUUUUAACGGUAUCUUCAAGUUACUUCCUGAUUUCUACCAAAGGAUACAAGAGAGAGGAGACAACGUUGGAUCAUGCCUUAUAAAUGCAACUCCGGGGAACUUUUAUGGAAGACUUUUUCCUAAUAAUUGCAUCCAUUUCUUUCAUUCUUCCAGUAGUCUUCACUGGCUCUCACAGGCUCCCGAAGAAUUGACUAUGGGAGAAGAACCACUAAACAAGGGUCAUAUUCAUUUAACAUAUACAAGCCCUGCAAUAGUCUACAAAUCAUAUUUUGAGCAAUUUCAAAGAGAUUUCAAAUUGUUUCUCGGUUCACGUUCAGAUGAACUAAUACUUGGUGGAAGUAUGGUACUAUCUUUCCUUGGAAGAAAAAAUGCUUUAUUUGAAAUAGGCGAUUCUGGAGUCUUAAUUGGUAUCGUACUCAAUGACAUGGUCUUAGAGGGUUUGAUUGAGAAGACAUCAUUGGAUUGCUUUAAUAUGCCUUUAUAUUGUCCUACGAUGGAGGAAGUUAAACAAAUAAUUGAGGAAGAAGGAUCAUUUACCAUUCAAACAUUGAAAACUAUUCAAAUAAGUUGGAAUUCACACCUUCCAGAUGACAUUGAUGUUUCUAUUCUUGAUAACAAAGUGAGAGGAGAUUUGAUUUCCAAGUCCCUCAGAGCUGUCAUGGAACCUCUUUUCUCAUUUUCGUUUGGCAAAGACAUCAUGCAUGAAUUAUUCACAAGGUUCGGAAGGAAGAUAUCCCAAAUCAUGGAGAUAGAGACAUUGCAAUACACAAAUUUAAUCAUGUCCAUCACAAAAAGAUGA